GCGGUUUGUUUCCGAGUGUCCCGAGGUGUCAACAAAACGUUAGUCGCGGUGGAACUCUUUCGUGAAGAAAUGGUGAAAGAAUUGUUGGAAAUUGCAUCGAAGGGUGAUGUUGAAAGGUUAAGGGAACUAUUUGAAGAUCCAGAAAGUUUGUAUUCCACGGAUCCAUCGCAGGCGUUGAACAAAAGAGAUGCAGAAGGUAAAUCCGCGCUGGAUAUUGCUGCCAUGUUGGGUCGGAAAGAAAUGGUUCGAGAGCUUCUAGAACGUGGAGCAGACAUUAAUAGCCAAACCAAGAGAGGUACGUGACAAACUUAGUUCUUACGAAGAAAGCAUUUAAUUAAUGGUUCGAUGUUUUAAAUGUGUAAUUGCAGCUGUCUGAUAUUAUGGGGUAAUACGCGGUCAUGUUGAAACGUAGACCAUGCAGACUGUAGACUGUAGACUAUGCAGACCGUGCAGACUGUGCAGACUGAGUGUUGUUUUUUUACUUUUACCUUAAUUUUCUAGUAAAAUUUCUACUAUAGUUUCCUGCUUCCUCUCAUUAUGUGCAAUGUGCAUCACCAUCAUAUGUGCACUGAUGUGUACCUGCAAGGGUCAUGGGUCUGGGUAGGAAAUGAGAAAAUCACAGGCUCAUGUUUACCGGCAGAUGUAAAAGCAGUUUCGCGUGCUUUUAGCUGCUUUCACGUAGGAGCAAGCACGAUGGAGGAAGGUAAGCUGUUUCUUUCUGUAACUGUAUUAUAUUGCCACGAUUAUUUAUUUUUUUAGUAGAAGAAGCUUUUUCAGCUUAAGUGACUAAAACCCUUAUCGGCUUGCUACAACGGCUACGAGAGAGACAUUUCCUCAAUUUCCUUGAUUAUUGAUGAUCCUCUAUGGUUUCACUCUGUAAUUAAAACUGGUGCUGCCGUCAUUUCUUCAAAUCUUACAGAUACCGAUGUCAAGGCCCAUCUCUCAAACCGAGACGUUUGAGAGAUGGGCCUUGCUUGUAAAUAAGUCAACGGUAUAUCUAUCUUAAAAUAAAUAUUCUGAUUUCCACGUGUUUGGCGGUUCCGUAAGCAUCAGAAUUAAGAGAAGAAGGGCAGCGACUUGCAACUUCUCACAGAUAAUAUUCAAUGAAAUUAAGACAAAAUAUACCUAAAAUACACGGCGGGGGAUCUAGUUCAAUGCGCAUUAAAACCCCCUCCACAUCUUCAAGUUGUACAAAUAAUACAUUUGCUGCCUAAACAAAAACCAUGAUACUCGAACAAGAUUGUCGGUUUCAAACCACUACCACUUAUUGGCGUGAAUGCAUGGAGCAAAUAUAAUUGUCGCUCCCCGAGUGAAAACCCACCCAGAAGGACACUCUUGAUCGAAUCGAAUAAAAAAAAUACAUAAACAAGUCUUACGCGAAUCUUCCGAGCUAACAACGAUGACAUCGGUAUAUGUAAGAUUUGAAGGAAUGACGGCAAGUCACCAGUUUGAAUUACAGCGUGAAACCAAAGACGAUCAUCAACAAUCAAGAAAAUUGAGGAAAUGUCUCUCUUGUAGUCGUUGUAGGAAGCCGAGAAGGGUUUUAUUUCAGGUCACUUAACCUGAAAAAGCUUCUUCUACUAAAAAAAUUUAAAUAAUUGUGGCAACAUAAUACAGUUAAAGAAAGAAACAGCUUACCUUCCUCCACCGUGCUCACUCCUUCGAGAAACUAUAGUGAAAAUUUUACUAGAAAAUUAAGGUACAAGUAAAAAAAAUAACACUCAGUCUGCACAGUCUGCACAGUCUGCACGGUCUGCACAGUCUGCAGUCUGCAUGGUCUGCGUUUCAACAUGACCGACCCAAGCAAGUGGCGAAGCCGUGAGGGGCAGAGGAAAAGAGAGCUUGCAACGAUCUCUCAUAAAAUUUCAUUUGUACUUCGCCCAGACGAAGGGAAAUACCAUUGGCUGAGAAAUGAUGUUCCGAAAAACAAAGUUGAUUGAUAAGAGGCCAAGCUGGCACCCCCUUCGCCUGUGUGACAAGUUUGGUUCUCAGGGGGAUCACGAGAACUUGUUUCAGCCCUCAAAGCAGACGAGGGGGCUCAUUUGAUUUAGUUCUUGCAAAGAGAAUAUUGCCAGGCGAGGAUAAGUCGGACCGAUUUUAUAGUUCGUUAGUAAUUCGUUUGUGUCAAGCGCCUUGUUUAAUUGAAAACGAGAAGAGUGAAAGUAAAGAGAGGUUCAAGCGCCCGGUUCAAGUUCUUCCUCCUUAUGUUGGUUUCUUUGCACGAUUGAAUUCCACUGGGUAGAAAAAUUCAGAAACAUGUACUUGACAGUGUAGCUGUGUAGCUUAACUGUAAAGAAGGACCGUGAAGAGAAAGAGUUGCCGCGUAGUAACUGGAGUACAACUUGAGAGAACUAAUUCCAGGAAUAUGCUAUUCUCCAGUUCCGGAACGGACAAAUAUAUACCGGCGGUAAUGUUUUUGUUGGUAAUUGCGACAACUUUUCAAAAGUAAAUGAAACGAGAAUCAAAGUAUUUAGUUUUCAUCCAAGCAGACACGUUGAAGUUCGAUGUCCCCAUGGAAAAAAAAAGCGUAUCAGUGAUUAAUAACAAUGCUUUAGAUGCUGUUGCGAGAACGAUUUAUAAAUAGAUAAUUCUACGCACCCUUGGCUGUCUAAACUUGACAGGAGUUUGUCACUUUUCUAAUCGGCGGGACGUUUGGAAAUGAAAAUUUAUGAGCGAUCGUUGCAAGCUCUCCUUUCCUUAAUGAGUAAAGCAUAUACCCGUUUUCACCCAAUACGGCGCCAAAACCCUACCCUACCCUAAGUGAAAAGUAACACAGAUAAAAUCGAACAACAUUUCAGUGUUGUACAUGUUGUGACACCGUUUUCAAGUUCAAAAAGUAUCUGGUAGAUAAAAUGUCCGAAAAAGUUGUCUCAUAUUUUCUAAAGCAUGUUGAGAUUAACAUUAUAAAUUGUGAUCUAGAAGCUUUUCACUAUUAAUUAUUAUUAUUCUCUUUAUUAAUAAUAAUAAUAAUAAUAACAAUAAUAAUAAUAAUAAUAAUAUUAUUAUUAUUAUUACUAUUAUCAACAAUUCUCUAUCAUUAUCACAACUGUACUUCACUGUGAUGAUUAACAAAACAUUAAUAGAGGAUAUUACUUGGCUGCACAGAGAUGUCAAAAAUUAUUUCUAUUCCUGAUCUGACACCUGGUAUUUCAUUUGUGUUUAUACAAUAAGAAUCUCUUUUUAAAGUUUGAAACCAAAAAAAACCCAGCCCAUUUCCUCUUAGUCAAGACUGUUAUUCCCAAACUGGGUGACAUAUAUUCUGUUUUUUUUUAAUAAGAAACAACCAAAUGACCUAACUAAAAUACAAGGUUAUUUUUCGUCAGAAACGACAUGUUGUACAGAUAGAAGUUGGCGUCUUUCAGUUUAAAGGGGAUCAACGAAAACAGCUAAUUAUACCUGAAUAUGCUUCAAGGAAGUUCAUCACUAAAUUGAAGCUUCUGCAGGGGUGGUGGGGGUGGUGGUUUAUUGUACCUUGUGGCUCACUGAUUUAAUCUACAGCAUCCUGAUAAAGUCAUGAUAUCUUAAUAACAGGUUACACAGCUUUGCAUAGAGCAGCAGUGUGGGGGCACCCAGACUGUCUGAAAGUGUUAAUAACAAAUGGUGCAGAUUUGCAAAUCUGUAAUGUACAUGGUGAGAGAGCAAGAGAGGCAGCUGCGAGGUAUCAAAAAGACAGCUGUGUUGAUUAUCUGGACCGUGCAGGUAGUACACUUUCUUAUUACUGUUAAUCUUGAGAUUGCUGAGUUUGUCAACCUGGUUCCCAGGGUUCUCUCCUAUGUCCCUACAGAGCAAGCAAGAGAGAGAGACCCUGGUUGGGUCUGGUCAUGUGUCUCCAGAACAAAAUUAAUUCUGAGGGAGGAGUCCUUUGUCUCUCUGUUUUACGUCUGGCUCGUUUUCACCGUUCAUACAAUCAUCGUAAGAGCAAGAUAGAUUUGCUAACCCUACAACUGUAACUGAAACCAUGGGAUAUUUCUGCCCAAACAGAACUGCCACUAGAUAAACAAUCGAAUUUUUUACCAGGGAAGAAAGCAAAACCUCGCGUUGUCGCGGUUUAACGGGCGACAUCAAUCACUAAAAUCUGUUAUCUUGAUUUCUACACAAGCGUGUAGAUGUUUAUAUUGAAGGGAAAAUCCCUGUAUGUUAAACUUGCUUUGAAAGUAUCAAUGUUCGCCUGACAGUGGCUGGUGGUAAUGGGCCGAAUCAGUAUACUGCAAAACCUACACCAUUAGUGGUCUUAGUGGUUCAGUGUGACAAAAAAUAGCGGGGAAUUUAUAUUACACUUACUGAAUGGUCAAAAUAAUAUUUGAGAUCUAGUGACUUUACGGAAAGCUAUAAUCUGAAAUGAAAUGUCAGCUUUCUCUACCCCCUAUCCUUUGUUAUGAUGAGCAAUAGAAAAAUGGAUCGCUUUUGGUGGUAAAUAGAGAUAUAUAGUGCGUACCUACAAAUGCAGAGAAUGACCACAACGUGACAGAUGACAACAGGAAAUCUUGCAGUAUAAACAGAGACAAAACAGACAACCUAACCCUCCAAGCGAAAGGCUUUCUAGUAAAUGGUCCAGUGAUUUCUUAAAACCCUCUAAAGCAUACCUAACCCUCAAGAAAAUUAACAAAAGGAACAAUAAACGGUUGGUGGUCGUACAAGCCAUAUUUUUAUUUUUUAACAAAGAUGCGUACAGCCGAUGAUCCUAUUGAUUUUAAACGAUGACAAGGAAACUGAAAGACACAAAGCUGUAGAUAGAAAAUACUCUUUCAAGAUUUUGUUUACCUCUUUUCAUUUGAACAAUCAAACUGCGUCUGGGCAGCGUAUUCUCUCUUCCUAUUUAAUUCAUUUCUAAGGUCGGUGAGGAUGACGACACUUGAUACAUCUUUUCAUCACAUUUUGGAAGUGCUUGAUCGUAGCCUUGAAAACACAUGCAUUUGUUUUCUAAUGUGGCCUGCACAACAUAGAAAUGACAAUUCAAAUCCAGUCCGUUUCGGUAUGAAUACCACUGCCUAAAUCAUUUUUGAUUGCACAAGCGGUGAAUAUGCGAUUUCCUCUACAUGUACCAUGAAGAGGAAAGCAUUCCCGAUAGAUUAACAUCCAGAUAUUCUGCAGUUUGUUACGCUUUCAUUGUCAAAUGAUUUUGUGAAUUAUUUUUGGCGUUCAAGGUUUUGUCUUGACUAGUCUGGGAACUAUGAAAAACAUGACAAGGUAAGGUACACAGUCUCAUGGCUGUACUUUGACUGACCCGUCUAUGCUAUGUGGAGACAAAUCUCACACUUACAGUACCUGUCCUCCCCCAAAUUGUGUGUUUGUAAUCUCCCAGAUUCUGGGAGACACGUGACCAGACCUAACCAGGGUCUCUCGACGGGUAGGAGAGAGAACCUGGGAAUGAGGUUGCUAAGUUUGUGUGGUUAUUAGGUCACACCAGAGACCAGGCAGCAUCCCGGCUAGGUAAAGUUAUUCCCUUGCCUAUUCACUCCUUGUCAAAACACAAGAAUGUAAAGCAUAAUAACUUACCACAGGGCUCAUGCCCUCAUUAUGCUUAAACCAUUCACAAUAGAAAUUCCAGUAACCACCCAUCCUCAGAGACCCAGGACCAGAGAGAUAGUAUUUUGAAAUGAGGAGUUUAUAUCAAACUGAAAGUUUCCUGACUGACAUUUCUUUGGUGGAUGAACCAGACAACUAUGGCAAGACAAUAGCCAUUGUGUACAAACAUACAAAAAUUAAAGAACUCAAGAGAUGCUGUUCGCCUAUUGGGCACAAUAAUACAAAGCAUUCUUUGUGCCCAAUCAGGAGCCAGCAUUCGCUUGACCAUUUCGAAAUGUUCCGUUCAGAUCCUUUACCCAGGCGCUCUUUCUCCCAUGCUUGAAAACCUUCUACGCGCCUUUUCUCCCCGCCCAACUGACUCCCCCCGCGUCUCCGAGGAUGGUAGCCACCCAACUGGAUAUACAAUAUGUCCAUUAGCGUGCCAGUUGUUAUGUCAUCAGUUUUAAUAAUAACAGAACGACACCUUGAUUUUCGUUCCUUUUUGAAAGUGCUUCAAAGUUACUGAAUGUUUGCAUGUCUUUUUUGUUUUAGUAGACAAACAUGUCACUGAACUUUGUUUCCCUAUUGUUUGCUUAGUUUUAAAAAAAUAGUGUAUGCAAAAAAUGUCCACUUUGCUAGCGGCAUUCUUUGCAAUUUUUUUUCAUGCAUCAGAAACAAAAGAAACCUUCAACUUGUGUUUUGUGUGGUGGGAAGAGAUUCUUCAAUCUGUGGCCAUAAUGAAAACGAUUUUGUCAAACAGGUUAGAGGAAAAUGAGAAGACCAUAUAAAGUUGACCCAAAAGUUUCAAUGAAAGCCUUUUUUGAAACCAACCAAUACUACAUAUAUUUAGUCUAGUGUUUGCAGAAUAGUAGUGAUAGUAUUUUAUUACUCUAAUUUUGCUUUUUCUAGAAGCACAGCAAGCCCUGUUAUCUGUCAUAACCUCCAUGAAGGACACCAUAUCUGAUCCAGAGAAGCAUAUGGGCCGAUUUACUCGAGAGGACAAGGUUUGUGUUAUCGGCAGUUAGAUUUUCUUUUGUCUUCCCAAUUUUUUUGCGCACCAGGUGGGUAGAAGGAGCUGUGGACAAGAUUGUCAUGCUCCAAAAAACUAUAAGCUCCCCCUAUCCAACUGAAGGAGUUCUGUCAGAGGGUUGUCCAAUCCUAGAAAGGGGGUACUCCCUGUAAUAGCCUAUAUAGGGAGACCUUUCCCAAAAGGGGUAACUUUUUUAAACUUCAGGUAUAUAAAAGGGUAGGGGAAUAUGUCUUUUUGGUUUGUACAUAGAGUUUCGUAAGGUUUUGCAAGACAUUUUUUUGUAAAAUCUUGUGUCCUUUUUUCUUGACAGUUGAGUGGAAAUAGAUUCUGUGAUGAAAAGAAUGACUGGUUGGAAUCGCAUAAAGAGAAUGCCACAGUUGAAGAGAUCAACAAACAAAAACGUGAACUUGAGGAGCUGUUAAAACCUAUUUUGAGCAAACUAGAUGAUUCAGGUAACUUUUUCCUAAUAAAA